AAAACCAUUAUUAGAUUAUUUGAUUGAUUUUACAAAAAGUAAUCCAGAUUUUACAGAUGAAGAAAUAGCAGACGAAAUAAAUUUAACGAUUAUUGCGGCUUACGAAACGACUGCAAGAACUGUGAGUAUGGUUCUUUUGAUUUUGGCGUUAUAUAAAGAAAAACAAAACAAAGUGUGCGAAGAAUUAUUUCAAAUGCUUGGUGAAUCUAAUGAAAACAAAAUGAAUUUUGACGAUUUAUCAAAAUUAAAAUACAUGGAAAUGGUAAUCAAAGAAGCUAUGAGAUUAUUUCCUGCUAUACCAUUAAUCGCAAGACAGUUAACAGAAGAUGUUACCAUGGGAAACUAUACAAUUCCAAAAGGAACAAAUAUUGGUAUUCCAAUAUUUGCUUUGCAUCGAAAUGAAGCAUAUUGGGAAGAGCCAUUAAAAUUUGAUCCUGAACGUUUUACAUUCGAAAAUAUAAAGAAACAAAAUCCAUAUGCAUUCAUACCAUUUAGUGCAGGUCCUAGAAAUUGCCUUGGUGUUCGAUAUGCUUGGAUUUUUAUGAAACUAGCGUUAUCCAGAUUAUUAAGUAAAUAUGAAUUCCAUACCAAUAUUAAAGAUUUGAGUGAAAUAAAAUUUGAAUUCGAAAUAUCGCUUAAAAUAAUUAAUGGAUAUCCAAUUCGAAUUACACCACGUCAAAGAUGAAACAAAAGAAAAUAUGGAUUAAAACAAUACCUC